AUGUCUCGCGAUUACGGUGCUGCGAUUGCAGCUCUCAACCUCUUGCAAUCCAAUUUUUCGCUAGUUCAGGAAUUCAACAAGCCUGCGACGAGACAUGAACUCAAUCAGCGGUCUCUUCCAGAAACUGUGGAGUGGCUCCGUCGGAUAGGGUACCAGCCGUCGGACUUGAAUCGCCUCAAUGCCAUCCAUGUUGCCGGUACGAAAGGCAAAGGCUCGACUUCGAGUUUUAUUUCCUCCAUCCUUUACCAGUACACAACUUCCCAGUCCGCGGACAGGCCCAGCAAGCUCAACAAAGUCGGUCUCUACACAUCUCCACACCUGCGGUUCGCCCGCGAGCGAAUUCGCAUCGACAAUGAGCCGCUUUCCGAGGAGAAAUUCGCCCGCUAUUUCUUUGAGGUCUGGGAUCGCCUUGACGACGCUGCCAAAGCUGUUGGGGAGGAUCCCAGCAACCUACAAACUAAACCCCAGUACUUCAGGUACCUGACACUGAUGGCAUUCCACACAUACUUGAGUGAGGGUGUGGAUGCUGCUGUUAUUGAGUGCGGAAUUGGUGGGGAGUACGACUGCACCAACGUGAUACCGCACCCAGCCGUCACGGCGAUUACGAGUCUAGGUAUCGAUCACACGGCACUUCUAGGCAAUACGAUCGAAGAGAUCGCGUGGCAUAAAGGUGGGAUCAUAAAGGCGGGCACUAAGAGCUUCAGUGCGCCUCAACCCCCCAGCGCCGAGAAGGUUCUUCGGGAACGUGCUGUCGAAAGGGGAACAGAGCUAGAGGUAGUAUCUGGCCAUCCGGACUUGACUGUUGGCGGCGGUGUUAAACUCGGAUUGGCCGGUGAUUUCCAAUACGGCAAUGCUGCCCUAGCUGUUGCGACUGCAGGAGAAUUCCUCAACAGAAUCGGAGUACAGAGGGUCGCCUCUGACUUCAUGCAACAACAUCUACUCCCUGAAUUCCGCAAGGGACUAGAAGAAGCCCGGCUGGAAGGCAGAUGCCAGACUCGACAUGAGAGCCGGGUCAGCUGGUAUAUUGAUGGAGGCCACACUCUGGAAAGCAUCAAACUAGCCGGUCAGUGGUUUGUUUCACAAGUCAGGGCCAACUCUUCAUCUGAGGUCUCAGCUGAGAAGAAACUCCGGGUCCUGAUAUUCAACCAACAGACCCGUGAUAGUCACGCCUUGGCCCAGGCUCUGUUUGAUACUCUCAAGACUGCCCUCAACUCUGACACCCCAUUCUCUCAUGUGAUAUUCUGCACAAACGUUACCUAUAAACAGGCGGGCUAUCGACCCGACCUUGUCAGCAUCAAUACAGAUGGCGCCGCAGUUGAGAAGCUGCAGGUUCAGAAUGGUCUGGCCGAGAAAUGGCGUGGCAUUGACCCUUCUGCAGAGGUCAAAGUCUACGGUACCAUUGAAGAAGCCGUUGAUUUCACUCGUGAACUCGCUGCAAGAGAGAAGGAUCGCCUGGCUGGCGACGAAGCCCCCAUCAUGACCUUUGUCACUGGCAGUCUACACCUUGUUGGCGGAUUCCUUGAUGUAAUCGAGACAAAACCAGGCGUCAAAAGGGGUUGA